UCUGGUUCAAAUUUAAAAUCUAUAAAAAUCCGUUGAUUUGGCAAACUUGUGUUGGAAAUCCUUCAAAAACGUGUUCGAGACAUUCGGUGCUCCGGGAUUGAGACAGAGAGCUGUGGUGCAGGACACAAGGCGGUCGCCUGGUCGCAACACAGAUCCAAUUUCCAGGGACAUGCCAACCAUGACACGCAUGCAUCGGCACUCCAGCUCCAAUGCCGUGGUGGAGGAGACGCGCGGCCGUCGGCGCGACGUUGGGGCCGAGGGAGAGGCGAACAAGGAGAACUACGGCGUGCACUUCAUGAGCAGCCCCUUCGGCAACGCCAGCCUGAUUGCCCUGCAGGACCUGAGCAAUGUGCACGGCAAGAGUCCGCAGCGGCGAAGCUUCAGCGAGGGCAGUGGACCGCGCCAGGCCACGCCGCAGCUGGCGGCUCUACGCUGCCUGCCCCGAGCUACAGCUGUUGCCGCUGUGGGUGUACCCGUCCUGGAGGACUCGCAGUUGUCGUCCUCGCGGAUGGGCGACACCACCCUGGAUCGCAUGCUGGACGCCAUCAUCGAGUCGGCGCGCAAGGAGGUCCGCUGCAAGCACACAACAGCAGCCACGACUGCUGCAGCCCCAGCGGCAGCCACCACUGUGCUGGCCGACUGCGGGGAGUGGAGCGAGAGCAGCGUCCACGAGAUGGAGGUGCGCACACCCACCCACCUGAAGCGGCAGCGGGUGGUGCGGCGCAAGAAUCCCCACAAGACAGCCAACACGGCGACCAGAGAUGGCCAGAGCCGGAGUCGCAGCCAGGGCAGGAGGCAGAGCGCGACGCCAGUCCAAAUGGAGCAUGUGCCCAGCACGAAGCGCUGCCUCAGCUUCUCCAGCUCCAGCUCCAGCUCCAGCUCCACGUCCAGCGACCUGGACGACGAUGAGCAGCUGGCCAAGCGCAGCUCGAUGGCCUCCACCACAUCAUCGAGCCACUCCAGUGACAGCCAGCGGGGCAGCAUUGAUCUGAGCAUCGUCUACGAUGCCCAGCAGCGACAACUGAAUGUACACGUCAUUCGCUGUCGUGACUUGCAGCGUUCUCAUGGGACUGGCACUGGCAUCUAUGCCUACGUCAAGGUGGCUCUGGCACCCGCCCAGUCAGCUCAGCCAGCCAUGAGCUCGGGCUUUCAGCGCACCGCCGUCCACCGCCACUCGAGCCGUCCGUACUUUGAUCAGCGCUUCAGCUUCCCCAUUCCGCAGGCGGAGGACUCAGCCAAUCAGCAGCUACAGCUGGCCGUAUGGCAUCGGGAUCGCCAUUUAAAACGCAGCGAGUUCCUGGGCAGCAGCACCUUCCCGCUGAGCGAGCUUCUGGCGGAGAGCCACAGCGUGAGCGGAUCCUACAAGUUGCAGUCACAGUCGCAGUCGCAGUCGCAGGCAUGCCUUAGUAGCUGUCGCAGCAGCAGCAGCCGGAGCAGCAGGAGCAGCAAUCACGAAGAGCAGCAGCAGCAGGAGCAGCAGCAGCCAGCACUGGCAGAGGGUUCCGUUAUGGCCACCACCACAGCCACAGCCACAGCCACGCCACAAAAGUCGUCAGCAGCGGCUGCGGCGGCGGCAGCAGCAGCCAUGAACCUGGACGAGGUCAUCAGCAUCAGCAUCGACAGCAUGGCCGGAACGACGACAGUGGGCAGGGACGAGUGCCUGCUGCAGGCGCAGCAGCCGAUGAAGCUGAGCAAGAAGGCGCUCCAUCAGCGGGACGCGGACGAGAAUCUCUUUCUGCGCUUCCUCGAGCUGGAUCCGCCUGCCGAUGGCAAUGCGAACAGCACCACCAACGCCACCACCGGCGGCGGCAACAGCACGUCCAGUGGGGCGGGCGGCGGAGCAGCGCCGAGCGGUGGGGCAAUCGCGGCAGCCAUCUGCAACGUGAACGCCAAUGUGAGCAACGCCAAUCACCUGAACGGAGCCAGCGGCAGGCGGCAGUCGACCAUGGCCAGUGGGGGCAGCGGGGGGAGCGCCGGCAGUGGACAGCGGCCGCUGGGACGCACGCCCUUCACGAUGACACGGCGACUGACGCGAACGGAGGAGCGGGGAUUCGGCUUCUCGAUUGUGUGGACGCAUCCGCCGCGCGUCGAGAAGGUGGAGGCGGGCAUGUCGGCGGAUCGCUGCGGCAUCCUGCCCGGCGACUAUGUGAUCUUCGUGGACAAGCACAAUGUGGUCACGAUGCCCGAGGCUGAUGUUCUGAAUUUGAUACGAUCGCAGGGCUCGACCUUGACGUUGGAGAUAUUCAGAAGGUCAGGCGCGGGCGCCACAAUGGCCAUUGAGACAGCCACCACAACGGCGACAGUCGCCGCCGCAUCCCUGUCCACAUCAAUGGGAACAGCGGGAUCCGGCACUGGCACUGGCACUGGCACGGGAAUGGCAAUGGCAACAGGAAUAGGCAUGGGAGCCGGUCUUUCCCUCUCCUUGGGCAACUCCAAUGCCAAUGCCAUCACGCAGCAGCAGCAGCAGCAGCAGCAGCAGCAGCAAUCCCGUCAGCAGCUGGUGCUGGGCCUGGAGCGUGAGGAUCUAAGCAGCAACACGACAAACAUGAUGAGCUGCUCCCUGCAGCGGACGGGCAGCUCGAGGCCAGCCGCCCAGCCACAGGCGCAGCUGAGCAACAACUUCUCGCGCCCGGCGACCGCCUGCUCCGGCACCACCUCCUCCAUUGAGGCCGCCAAGCGGCGGCUCCACCUGCCGCAGGUCACCUUCAGCAAGGAGUCGAUUGUGCCCAUAACGGACAAUCGGCGUCGCUUCCUCCUGCAGCUGAUUAGCCGGGAACAGAACUUCACGUCGGCAUUGCACUUUGGGGUGGAGCGGUUUGUGCAGCCGCUGCUGGAGCGCAAGGAUCUGAUAUCGCCGAACGACCACCGGACGCUGUUCCAGAACAUUGACGAGCUGCUGCGCAUCGCCGAGGACAUACUGGAGCAGCUGUGCAGCGGCGACCAGCACCAGCACCAGCAGCAGCAGCAGGAGCAGGAGCCGCAGAUGAACUUCGCCUCGAGGGUGUACCUGUCCAAGACGACGGCCAUCUGUGCGGCCUACAAGAAGUACUGCAACGGCAUCAAGCGGGCCGACUGCGUGCUGGUGAACAAGUCGCGGCAGACGGGCUCCGAGUUCAUAGCCUUCAUCACGGAGCCGGUGGUGCCGCGCAAGCGGCCGGAUCUCACCAUGUUCAUCCACCGUCCGCUGCAGCACUUCCGGGAGAUCCUCAAGCUGAUGCAGCUGCUGGCGAGCAACUGCCACGUGGACACCGAGGAGCACAAGAACUUCAGCAGCGUGAUCGGGGAGCUGCAGGCGGCCUACCGCGAGAUCACCGUCAGCAGCGGCCUCAUGGAGCCCCUCGGCGAGGGCCGGCCCCUGCUCACGCUCCAGGACCUGGAGUCCCGCAUGGUCUUCACCAAGUGCAAGCCCUUCACGCUGGCCGUGCAGGGUCGCCAGUGGAUCUUCGGCGGUGAUCUGUCCCGCGUCGAGGGUCGCUCCAUCAAGCCCUACUGGACGCUGCUCUUCAGCGACAUCAUCGUCUUUGCCAAGGUUAGCCGCGACCGCGUGCUCUUCAUCACCGAGGAGCCCGUGCCCAUAGCCAAUGUAGUCGACUCCUGUUUCCACAUGCGCAAGAAGACCACCGAGUUCCGUUUGACUGUGGAUCCGAAUGGGCGGCUGGCCGAGAGCCCCACCGGCUACUGUGCGCCCGAUCUGAGCCGGACACCGAGACGCGGCGCCCGCCGCAAGAGCCUCAUCCUGCGCGCUCCCUCCCUCGAGCUGAAGGCCGUCUGGCAGAACCUGCUGCAGCGCCAAAUAUUUCUGGUGAAUGCGGCACUGGGCUCGACGCCCCUGUCCAGCCCGCUGGACUCGCCGGAUGUGCUGAACACGCUGGUGCCGCUGAGUGAUAUCGGCAUGACCUCCGCCUCGAUGGCCUCGAUGAAGCUGCCAUCGCUGGACAGCAUCAACCUCAAGCAGCAGAAACAGCAGCAGCGUAACAGCUCCCACGGCCAUGGGCACACGGGGCCAGGUGCUGCCGCCGCCGGUAGCCACGGCCAUGGACACACACACGGACAUGCCGUGGAGCAGAUCGAGCUGCUGAUCGACGAGAAGUGCCGCAUCCUGAACAAGACCGGCACCCCCAAGUCGAGCGCUCUGCAUCUGGCCAACUGGAUGAAGGGCCAGCUGGACAAGCAGCAGCAGCAGGCCCGACUGGCGGCCAUCGCCCGCUCGCAGGAGAACAUCACCGCCGAGGACGAGCAGCUGAUCUUCAACAGCGACAGCGAACAGGACGAACGCAUCACCUACUGGACGCGACAGCAGCUCGAGAAGCGCACCAAGGAGCUCAACCUGGCCAAGGAGAAUGGCGUUCUCUCCGCCAAGCCCAACUUCGGUGGCAAGCGACUCAGCGGGGUCGAGGAGCUCAGCAUGAGCGCCGCCUCAGACAUCUACUCGGAGGCGGAGGCGGCUGCUCACAGCCAGAUCAGCCAGUCGCACAGCACCACAUCGGACAGCCAGAUAACGGUACGCUCGAGCCCCAUUGUGCUGGACAAGCUGGCCGUGUGCCGACACUGCCACAAGAAUUGCCAGCAGAGUGGCGCCGGCGGCGGCGGCGGUGUCGGUGGCGUCAAUAACUCCAGCUCCACGCCGGUGCUGCUCUGCAACUCCCUGAAGGUGCAGCAUAGCCAAUCCUCGCCGAAUCGAUGCUGCAAGCUGAACGGCAUGGCUGGCGGAUCGGGCACGGGCACGGGAGCUGGCACCGGCACCGGCACGAGCAGCGUGACCAGCAUGUCCAGCAGCACCAUCACGGGGGAGCUGUCCUCGAAGGUGGUCGCCAGCAGCAGUCGCCGGGAGACCGGCGACACGGAGAGCGACGUGGCCCAACUGAUCACCGAUGAACUGUCCCUCUCCCAAUCAGAGGCCACGGACGAGAGCGUUGGCGCCAUUCCCAACAGCAGCAGCAGCGCCGGAGACGGCUCCAAACUACGAAUUCUAGAACCUCAACCAGCGGCGGUGGCAUCGGUGGCAUCUGGGGCAACGGUGACUCCACCUAUGGCAAAUGGCCAUUGCUCAGGCGGUUCACCGAAACCCUUGCCACCACCACGACGCACUCGCAUCGUGGCCCAGAUGUGCCAAGAGCCUGCCCGACCACGGGCUAACCAGCAGGUCAAGGCCAUAGUGACGAUCACGGAGACGGCACGGAUCAUGCGCAGCAGCGAGCGCACAGCCCACUCCGUGGGAUCGGGCGGAUCGGGCUCGAUGUCGGGAUCGCCAGCCAAAUAUGCCGCCUGCCACUGCCGCUGCACUCCUGAGGACUUUACGCACGCCCAACUCUCGCCGGACAAGAUGGAGCACCAGACCUGCAAGCUUCUGGAGUCGCCCAAACGGACGGCAACCACCACAUCCACAUCCACAUCCACAGCCGCACUGACAGCGGCCCAGCGGCAGGAGGAUGAGCAGUUGUCGCUGGUGCUGAUUGGAUUGGCCCAGUUUGCGCCGGCAGCCAAGCUGUGUGGGCAGGAGCAGGCCCGGCCUCCACCUGCACUGCUCCCACAGGGACAGAGCAACAGGGAAGAUAAUUCCACACCCACGAUAGCCGUGGUGCCACCCACGCCCGACGCCGUGCUCACCAAGACGAGCACCCAUGUGUGGGACAAUAGCGGAGGAGGAGGAGGAGGAGGAGCUGGAUCUCCUGGAGCAGAAGUGGCCACCAGCAGCACGACCACCACCACGGCGAAGCAGCCACGGCAGGCGAUCAUUGAGAACAUACCCGAGGACUCGUGCGACGAGUCUCCGUUGGACGAGGAACCUCCAUACAGGCCCAUGACCAAUGCCCUGAGGCGUUUCGGCACCAUGUCCAGCCUGGAGAAGCUGCCCUCCGACGACCGCAUGGACGAGGCCGACGAGCUGGACGAUGACCUGGAGCCCUACACAUCGAAUGGCCAUGACGACAGCCCCAACAACGAUGAUGACAGGGAUGGCGACGAGGAUGAUGAGGACGAUGCAGCCUCGGACAAGGCGCUGGCCCAGAACCUCAACGAAUUGGUUGGCUGCUCCAGCUCGACUGGUGCCAUGGCCAACGGGGAUGUGCUGGCCAGUGGGGCCUGGACCAAUCGUGCUGGGGCCUUUGUCUCCGACAAGAUGUCCUUUUUCGAGGAGUCGCGUGCCUUCAUCGACAAGUACUUGGGCCGCUGGAGUGCCGAAGAUACCCAGGAGCAGCCGCAGCAGACGGCCACCUCCGAGACGGACGAGCAGAUGGACGAGUGCACCUCGGGGGCGACCAGUGGCGAGGAGGUCUGGGGCACACCCACCAGCGGCGGGGACAACGAAGACAACGACAUGCAGCUGAUCAACUCGGAGAAUACGCAUUCGUCACCCACCAAGUCGAGCACCUCGCUGAACGAUGACGAUGACACGGAGCUGAUGAUGGACGAGCUACUGAUGGCGCCGCCCAUGACGGCCAGCACCAUACGGGGACUGCUGCCACGCUUUUACAGACGUCGUCUUGAGCCCCUUUUCGAGGAGGAGACCGAGAGCGACGAAGAGAAAACCCAACAGGACAGCGAUGACAUCAAAAAGGGGGAAGCAACGACAAAUGGCCACUACCUAGAGGAUUCAGCUGGAAGCUCAAGCGACGAGGCAGCCCAAGUGGUGCCGGAUCGGGAGGAGGAUCCGGAGGAGGAGAGGCUGCAGCUGGAGCAGGAGGCGACACAGGAGCAUGUGGGCUAUCAACAGCAGAGAUUGCAACCGAACCUGGGGCCACGUCCAUUGCGCACUACCAUGCUGCUGCCCACUACGGCCAUAACCACGCAGAUGGAACCGUCACCACCACCACCACCAGCACAGCGAGUGGGUGCACUGCCAGUGGUGGGCUUAUCCUGCGAGUAUCUGCUCGAUCAGCGCCCCUCUACACGCUCGACACCCGCAUCGCACACGACGAGGUUGUCCACGAUGCCAGCUACGAUCAGCGGGCCAGGGACCGGGAGCGGGCCAGGGCCCGGUGCAGAGACAGAGAAAGGGAACUCCACCACGAUGCCAUCAUCUCGGCAGCCUCAGGCUCCGGCUGCAGCAGCGACAACGGGCAGGACGACGACGAUGGCGAGUCCAGCUCCCUCGUCGACUACUACAACAAUCAGCAGCGGGAGCGGCACUACGAGCUUCGGCGGCAGAGCCAGCGGCAGGCCAGCGAGGUUUAUACCACCGCCGCCGCCACCGCGUCGAUUGCUGCUCACGCAGACCAAUCUAAGCGCUGCACCACCCAAAACGGAGCAACCUCAAAGAAAAUCUGGCGCUACUGCUGACAGUGGCUACUCGGCGGCUGUCGGCGACGUCGCCAGCGCUUCGGACCCAAUCGCUAUCGGGUCAAGGACAAUGCCAGCGGCGACUACCAGCAGCUCUGUGGCGGUGCCGGCACCAUCCCAAAAACGUCAAUCGUCAACGAUAAUCGAGACCUGCCUGCUGGGGGCACCCAGGCCCGCCUCAGCCACUUCAUCAGCAACAGCCUCGAGGAUACCAAAGCCGAGCCGUGCGAGUCCCGAGACCCCCCACCGUCAGAGCAGCCCGGCUACAGUGGGGCAGCCAGCGCCAGCGUCAACGGUGGAGCAGGUGCAGCCACAAGCGGCCACGACAGCGGAGGGAAGCGGAGUAGAUCAACGUUCGGGACACGCUGCCCCAGCGCCCCACGCUGGCUGCGGCCUAAGUCCAAGGCUGGAAAUGCGGCUGGCCCUCAAUCACGACAUCCUCGGGGACGAGGACUUGAUCUGCUACGAGCCUGGUCCAGAUCUAACAACUAUUCUGGGGCACGACCUCUCCACAUUUCAUCGUCUGACGGGUCGCGAUUUAUUGAGUCGUUCAGCCACGAAUCGGGUGCAGCCAAAAGAGGCUGUCAUAUCGUACUCUCAACAACGCAACUCAAAGAUGGACACGCCGACGGUGAACCGUCGUCCGCGUCCGGUCUCGGCCUCCGUGCAGAGCAAUCACAGCAGCAGCAGCCACGGCAGUCCACGUACCGCUGGUUCAGCUCGUGCCGGCGGCGAUCCACGCAGCAGCCAGCGGGCCAGCAGUCCAGGACCAUGGACCAGUUCUGGCUAUGCGGCUCGAGCCGUCGCAGGGAGCGCAAGCGGCGCCGACAGCAGCAUCGCCUGCAGCUCCAGCAGAGGCGGGAGCAAAUUAGGCGAUCUGGAAAUCUUAGCGAGACGCGAGAAGAUAUACUGCAUGUCUCAAUCGAGGAGUGGCUGUCAAGUCAGGGAGACAUCCACGACCUCCACAACGAUGGUCGCAACGAUGACGGGGAUGGCGAUGGGUACGGGGAUGGGGAUGGGGAUGGCAUCGAAACGCGACUCUUCCUUGCCCACCCAAGCAGUAGCAGCAGCUUCUCUGACGAGGACGAUGAGUACUACUUCGAUGGACGGAGCGGACGGAGCCACCAGUACCACAACAACAAUGACUGAAGCAUUCCUCGAAACGGAAGUGGGCAAGUCGAAGCGAUUAAUCAACUUUAUUAAGCGUCGCAACUCUGAGAUAACCGCUAGUAGCAGCAGCAGCACCCCCAACCACUCCGACGGAGCCCUUGGCGAGCAGCCCCAACCGAGCCAGACUCAGAGUCAGAGCCAGACUCCGAGUCAGAGUCACAGCAGUCUGCUGCCGCAGGGCACGUCUCAGGCGACCGAAGCCGCGGAGAUGGCACAAAUGUCGCCACGCAAGGAUAAUGACAAGCCAUCUCUGAAUCGCCGCCUGUGGAAGCAAAUCACCAAACGCCGACGCACCAACUCCGUGUCCCAAAUAGUCGCUGGUUAAGGUGUCAUCCCAUUUCCUACUCCCAACUGCUAGUCAGCAUCCAGCAUCCAGCAUCCAGCAUAACCCCCUGCGAUCCUUAGCCAGUGCAUAGCUUUUAUUGUGUUCUGUGGGUAGAUUUUAGUUAAUCAUAAGUUGAGCACGACGGAUCCGAAGGGCAGCCCAUCAACUGGAGAACGGACUGGAGUCCGUGGCAGCAAGUUUGGCCUGUGGCCCUUACUGGACCGGAAUUAUGUGGCGUUAUGCUGCUGCUACGGAUGUCCGGAUGUGCGGAUCUACUAGCGGGCUGCCACUCACCCCAUGGACUGGCAUUGAGCAAAAACCAAACUGAGAAAAAAACUACCAAAACACCAACAGCAAGCAAACAGGAAACAAGGGGGGGAAAUAUUAGAGUAGAGUACGAGUACGCUAAGUUUUUUUGAUACAACUUUGUAGGUGGUGAGUUCCGGGUAUCGAUCACACCGAACACGGGCCACUCUAGGCGUCCGAUUGCGUCCAAAAUGAAUCUCCUGCCAGCAGUUGGCAGUGCCAGUGGGGAGGCAGGAGGCCAAAGGACUCAGUCCAACCCAAAUACGGUAAAUAAAUACGACAACGAAUGGCAGUAAGACGAGACAGUGAGGCGAUGAAGGUGGUGGGGCACACAACAAAACACACACACACACACACACACAUGCAAUCCAGCCAAAUGAAAUAAGAUUGUAGAGAAAUUCGAGGACUAUUUUUUAGAGGAGAGAUGGAUGCAUAUAAAGAGCAUUCAUUAGCAAUUAUACGAGCAGGAGGAGUACGAUUGGCCUAGCAGUUGGGUUGUUCGGGGCUGUUCGGGGGGUAGGGCUUUUGAUAUUGGUUCGUGUGUGUUGUAGCGUUUAGUUCUAGUUCUCAAUUAAACAAUGAAAUUGCCUUACGUAUUCAAUGAACUAUUGUAUUGGUAGCUUCAAGUAGUGAAUCUUUAUACAUACAUUUUACGCAUUAUUUUGCAAUUGUCCAGCAAUGUCAGCAAACAGCAAAAAGCAUCAGCAAAGCAUUCAGCAAAGCAUUCAGCAAAGCAUUCAGCAUUCCGCAUUCAGCAUUCCGCAUCAGGCUUCAGCAGUCCGUAGUAGUACGCCAAUAAUGAAUUUUAAUGAAUUUAAAUUUCACAUUUUUCUCAACAACUAUUUACAAAUACAAAGAAACUUUUGCAUCAGAGUCUAAUACAAGUGUAGCGAAAACUUUGCAGUUUAUUUCACAUUGAAAUUGAUAAUAUGAAAUCGAAAAAUGUUUAGAAUGCGCGAUGGAGAUGGAGCGAGCUGAGAUGCCAUGAAAUUAUACGAGUUAAUAACGACAAACGAGAUGAAGUACAUUUAUCAGCUUUAAUAGAAAAUCUAAUAAAUAUAUAAAUAUAUAUUAUACAUGAAUCUAACUAGUUCUAGUCCGUAGAUAACUAAUUGAUAUACGAAUUACUCUUCAAUAGGGUGGCCAAUAGGUGUGGACGUGGACGUGUACGAGUACGCGAUCGAGCUAUUAGGCAUUUACCAAUCUCACACUCCCUGGGCAUGGCAUACCCAUUGAUUCAGCACGUAUCCGCGUAUCACGUACCACGAACAGUGUGUCUCAGUAUUCAGUAACUUACUUUGUAAAACUCAAACACUGACACACACCAACAAAACAAAUCCGAUUACUCGAAUUGGCGUUUGGGUAACACUGAUGAUGUUUUUUUUUUCGGUCAAAUAUUGUCUUUUAGUGCAGAUGUGAAUUUUCCUCUUGAAAUUCAAUAAGAAAUUCAAUUAUUUAAAGAUGAAAUUAC